CCUGUCAGCGACCGGGUGUCACACCGCCUAUGGUUCACUGUGGAGCGGCUUCCUCGGAACAUGAACCCAGCUGGAUGAACAUCUAAAAUAAAAUUUAAAAUCCUGGUGAUCAUGAGUGGGAUCGUGAGAGGGAUAUCAGAGGACAUGCACCGACAAAUUAUACAAGCUGUAUUUGACGAGGACACAAUGUCCUCUACCUCCGUGGGAAUGUCAGAUUUGUCCGAUGAGAUCCUGCUUUGCAUUCUCCGCCAUGUUCCAGUGUGUGACCUGAUGAAGAAUGUGGCCAACGUCUGCCACAAGUUACACACACUGUGCCAUGAUAAGACCCUGCUCACAAACGUCAGCCUGUCUGAGGAGUAUCAGGCUGACGAUGUUUUGGUCCGCUACAUAUUGAAGCAGCUAGCCAAUCACAUGCAGUCUUUGAGCUUGAAUGGCUGCUACUGGCUGUCUGGCUCUACGAUGGAGCUUCUGGCUCGCUGCAGAGGAGUGACACACCUGGAUGUCACCGGCUGUCGCAUAACUUCCCUGCGUCUCUCCCGUCUCCUCUCCUCCCUUUCUCUGCUCAGAUCCCUCGCUUUUGAUGUGACGCCGGGCUUCAACUCUGCUCAGCUCAGUUCAGAGGCGGUGGAUUCUCUGAGCCGCCUGUCGGAGCUCAGACAGACACUGCUGACACCGAGUUAUGGUGUGGUGCCAUGCUGCGCCCAACUACGCAAGCUGAUGCUUCAGUUUGACAUCUCAGACGUGACUAGAGAAGGUAUCGGUGUUUGCUGCCAGUUGAUGAUGGGUCAGAGCAGUGUGCCACAUUACCAACAGCUGGAGGAGUUCACUGCCAGGCUGGCUCCAGGAGAGGUAAACCAGACGUUGCUCCUGCUCUAUCUGGCCGUGUUCAGCGUUCACGUUCCAAAACGUCUGAGAGUUUUCCUCGUGUCGAUUCCUGGUCCGAACCCCGCCCACUGGCCUGCUGCCCCCUCCCUGGCUCAGAGCCUCGGGCAGGGGGGCGACCUGGAGGCCCUGCAGCUCCCUCGCUCCUGGCUGGAUUCCUUUUCCCUGAAGCGAGCCCUGGAGGGAAACAGCCCAAAGCACCUGAGCUUCAGCCGCUGCCCGGCGCUGUGGACGCAAGUGUUCCAGUCGCUGCUGGAGGGAGGAGUCAGAGACGCCAAGCAGCUGACCAGCCUGAACCUCAGCGGGAUCAACAAGGUCCUCUACUCAGAGUGCAGGAGUGUGGAGGAUCAGCUGGUUCCUGAGACUAUGAGCCGCCUGGCUGCUGGUUGUUCCAACAUUAGACAGUUAAACCUGAUGCACACGCACUACCAUCACGAGAGCUCACCUGGGCAGGGUGGAGAAACACACCUGUGUGCCAGCUUGGCCAAACUCACACAUCUGCGCUCUCUCACACUGCCUGCCUGCGCCCUGUCAGACGGCUUAAACACGCAUCAAGUCUCUAUAAACAACACUCCCUCCCCUUUGUUCCUGGGGUUAAAGAAGAAUCCACGGGUGGGGCUCCAGAACUACAAGCCUGAUUUAGAGUCCUCUCUUUCAGAGGACAGCACCUCGGGGCUCUCUCUGCUCUUAGCUGGCUGCCCUUUUCUAGAAACCUUAGAAGUCAUCGGUCCCGGCUUUGUCUCCGCGCUGCCUCGGCUCGAGCCCUGCACUCGUGCCAGUGUGGAGCCUCGUGGCAUGUGUGAGUGGGCGCGAGGAGUCGGCGACGCACACUUAGCAGCACUUGAGGCUUUGCCUAGAUUGCGCCGUCUGAGUCUGGCGGGGCUUCCUGGGGUCCUGAAUGGGACAGGGCUGGUACAGCUGACCCAGCAGUGCAGAGACCUCAGGGUUUUAUCCCUCGCCAACAUGGGCUCACUAAAGACCAUGAACUACUCCCCUGCCUUGCUGGAUUCACUUAAACAGUGCACACAGCUACAGGAACUCAGGUUAGAGCAGCCCUACCUGAAUGCCAACGAGUCAUUCUUCGAGGCUCUGUCCUGCUGCUCUCGUCUGCAGCGUCUCUGCCUUAUCUCACGUAGCGGCACCUUCGACCCGUUGGCAGUAGAAAACUUCAUGGAGCGAUGCCGCCACGUCAUCAUGUGCCAUAUGUUCAUGGGCGGCACCUUGGUGGCAUGUCGCACACUGCAGAAAGUUCUUCUGAACAGAUUUUCAGUGGAGCGUUCGGCCCUGAGUGUGGUCAUCUAUCCAUUACAGCAUGAGGACCUGACUUUAGUCAUCAGAGAUAUCCCGCUCACACUUCUGGACAGAAUCACUUUGUUCCAGAGUCACGUGGCCCAACCACCACAUCUAUCACCAUUGUGACAUCUCCAGAAAGCUUCAGUGUGAUUGGUGCUCAAGAGCUACGAGGCUCAGACCACUUUUAUUCUGCAGGAAAUAAAAUUCAAUAAUGAAAAGACUUGACAGUCGUCUGCACAGUGAUACUAGAUUGUGUGA